AUGGCGUGUAACGGCGGCGGCAGUGUCGAAACGAACGGCGGCAACGGAACGAUGAACGGCUCGCCGAGAAAACGGCCGCGCACCGAGGCCCACAGUAAAGUGACCGUCGUCCUGGGGGCGCAAUGGGGCGACGAGGGCAAAGGGAAAGUGGUCGACAUGCUCGCCACGGAAAUGGACGUCGUGUGCAGGUGUCAGGCUGGCAAUAAUGCUGACCAUGCAGUUGUCACAAAUGGAGUUGAAUACAAUUUUCAUUUGUUACCCUGUGGCAUCAUCAAUCCAAAUUGCAAAUCUCUUAUUGGUAAUGGAGUGGUUAUUCACUUGCCCGGUUUGUUCGACGAGAUCGAGAAGAACGAGAAAAAAGGCCUGAAAAACUGGGCCGAACAAUUGGUGAUCUCUGACCGAGCGCACUUGGUGUUCGAUUUCCAUCAGCAAGUGGACGGUUUGCAGGAGCAGGAGAACAACCAGAAAGGUCAGGGCCUGGGGACGACCAAAAAAGGGAUCGGCCCGACUUACAGCUCCAAAGCCACGAGGAACGGCCUGCGGGUGGGGGACCUUCUGGGGGACUUUGCGCACUUCUCCAAGAAGUUCGAGCAGUUAGCCAACAUGCACCAGAGGAUGUUCCCCAGCUUGCAAGUGGACGUCAAGGGGGAGUUGAGGAAGUACGAGAAGUUCGCGCAGAAAAUCGAGCCCCUAGUUUUCGACACUGUCUCCUUUUUGGACAAGUCUCUGAGAGAAGGCAAGAAGGUGCUCGUGGAGGGAGCCAAUGCCGCCAUGUUGGACAUCGAUUUCGGUACUUAUCCCUAUGUUACCUCGUCCAACUGCAGUGUGGGAGGGGUUUGCACAGGUCUCGGUAUUGCACCAAUGAGAAUAGGGGAAGUGAUUGGAGUAGUUAAAGCUUACACCACCAGGGUGGGCGACGGGCCAUUCCCCACAGAACUUAAAGAUGAAAUUGGUGAUUUGAUGCAGAGCAGGGGCGGGGAAAUCGGGAUGACCACCUAUAGAAAACGGCGCUGCGGUUGGUUGGACGUUUUUCUUUUGCAGUACACAAACUUAAUAAACGGAUACAGCGCCCUCUGCCUUACGAAGUUGGACAUUUUAGACACCCUUCCCGAAUUAAAAUUGGCGGUCGCGUAUUUGUUGAAGGGAAAGAAGAUCCCCUAUUUCCCGUCUACCGCUUCCGAUCUAGCCAAAGUAGAGGUAGAAUAUAUUACUAUGCCUGGGUGGCAAACCAGCACAGUGAAUGUGAGAAAAUUCUCAGAUUUACCCGAAAAUGCCAAAAAUUAUAUUAACAAAAUUGAAGAAAUCCUUAAUGUUCCAGUGAGAUGGAUAGGAGUUGGCAGAGGCAGGGAGUCAAUCAUACCCCAUAACAAUUAA